AUGAAAAAAAUUUAUACUUGAUAUCAUCCGAGUUCUUAAGAUGCUAAAAUUGGUUAUUUACAUUAUAAUGUAUAUGUUUAGGAAAUAUUUGUUAAAACUCAUUUUUUUUGGGAAAGCAAUAAAACAUGAGAAUUACUUAAUAUACAACAAAAUGUGUAUUGUUGAUAUGGUUGAGCAGUUUUUAUGUAACUAACCAAUUUCGCACCAUAAAAAUAUGUGGAAUAGUUUUUCUUACGUUAAUAUUUGUUUCUGUCCUUUCAUUGAUACUGUAUUAAAUAGGUAAACAUCUUAUGAAAUUUGUAAACAUCUUAUGAAAUUUGUAAACAUUAUACACGGACACAAACUUAAACAUCGUAGUCAAACGAGUCUCAACAAAAAGCUACCGAACGGCCACAUGACAUGAUACCUUUUUUUAAAUGAUCAUAGAACGAUUCUAUAAUGGUAACGUGCUUUCCUCUAUCCUCGUUAUUUUUCCAACCUAAGUGACAUGGACAUGAUGAUUUAAUAACUCAAUCCUUCCAAUAAGAGUGAUCGGAACAUUUUAUUUCCUUUCAACAGCUGGCAAUUUAUUGUUUAGUAAAUUGUCAGGAAAAUGCCAGAAUGUGAGAUUGCAAUCAAUCUCCCACAGUUCAAUGUGUGUUUCAUUGGCUUGUGUAUAUUUUAUUAUAUAUGGACCUACAUAAACUCAACGGGUCAUAUUUUAAAAAUAUAAAUUUUCUUCUUUUGGUUACAUUUCAAGAUAUAAUGUUCUCUCUAAUUCUAUAUUGGGUUUAAAAUAUAAUAUAAUGUUAUUUUUCCCAGCAAGUGUUACAAGAGUGACCUUCACGAUGACUAGGAGGCUCUCUCUCUCUCUCCCAUAUUUGUAGUUGAAUAAUUCUGUUUUGCGGAUCACCACACGACCAUUUCUCUCUCUCUUUCUUUCUCUUCUUGCCUUCGAUCUUGGCAUCUUUUCUUUGCUGUAACAUUCAUCCUCUAACUUUUUCUAUUCCAUAUUUCAAUCAUAUAUCCUUUCCCAACACAACCCUUUUGUAUCUUUUUUUUCCUUACACUAGUUGGAGCAUACCAUUAGCUUCUAUCUAGUGUCUUUCUUUUCUUGUGAUCUCUCUUUGUUGCUAUAGUAACUAGGUGGUGGUGGUGGUGUGUCUUUUUUCUCUUUCUGCCAUUUGGGUUUUACCACCUUUGAUGUCUUUGACUAUUGGAGUGGUCUCCAAACUCCAAUUUCAAAAACAUGGAUUCUGAUCAUGAGAAAUGCAGUGAUCAUGAAGAAAGUGGCGAUGAACGAGGGACCAGACUCAGUAGACACAUGAGUGAAAGUUCCAUUGCUGAAACAGAAGAUGAUGAUGAUCACGUCGAUAGGAAUAUUGAUUUGGGUCCUCAAUUCACUUUGAAAGAACAGCUAGAAAAGGAUAAGGAUGAUGAGAGUUUGAGGAGGUGGAAGGAACAGCUUCUUGGAAGUGUUGACAUUAAUUCUGUUGGAGAAACCCUGGAGCCAGAAGUGAAGUUCCUGAGCCUUGCAAUAAAAUCAGCAGGUAGAGAUGAUAUAAUUCUUCCAGUACCAGAAACAGGAAAUCCUAAUGGUUUAUGGUUUACUUUGAAAGAAGGUUCUCGUUACAGUCUAGCGUUCACUUUCCAAGUCAACCAUAACAUCGUUUCAGGUCUUAAAUAUACCAACACUGUUUGGAAAACUGGUAUCAAAGUUGACAGCACUAAAGAAAUGAUUGGAACAUUCAGUCCUCAAGCAGAACCUUACACACAUGAGAUGCCUGAAGAGAUAACACCAUCUGGAUUAUUUGCUAGAGGGGCAUACUCUGCUAAAACUAAGUUUGUUGACGAUGACAAAAAGUCGUACUUGGAUAUCAGCUACACUUUUGAUAUUCGGAAGGAGUGGCUUUAGAAUUCAAUGAAUCAAUCAUCAUGAGCUGAAAUCUCCUUCACUCUUUUACUUUCUUAUUGCUUUUCUGUUGUUUAUAUUUUAUUUCUAAUCCUGUCUGAGACCAGUAUAAUCUUAACAAUGACGAGAGGAUUUUCAUGAAGAAAUCAAAGUGACGAUUUUCAUUUGGCAGAUAAUAAAAUUGACUAUGCCUCUCUGUUCUCA